GCCUCUUCCUCCCUAGGAGUAGAAAGCCGACGCCUAGAUAGACGCCGACGCGGUUGCUAUGGAUACGCCUUCCCAAGAUGCCUAGCGUGUUGUGUUCCUCUUAGCCAAUCAAAGAGGCGAAGCCGCCUCCCCGUGGGCCAAUAGGCGGCGAGGCCAGGGCCCGGGACGGUUAAAUUGAGCUGCGGGCUGUGGCGGCCGCCGGUGUGACUGGGAGAGGCUUUGCAGUCGGUGCAGCUCCAGCUCCGCGGCUGCGGCGCGAUCUGCGGGAGACCCCGGCGGGCCCGGCCAUGCCGACCCGGGCGGAGGACUACGAGGUGCUGCACACCAUCGGCACCGGCUCCUACGGCCGCUGCCAGAAGAUCCGGAGGAAGAGCGACGGCAAGAUACUAGUUUGGAAAGAACUUGACUAUGGCUCCAUGACAGAAGCUGAGAAGCAGAUGCUUGUUUCUGAAGUGAAUUUGCUUCGUGAACUGAAGCAUCCAAACAUCGUCCGUUACUACGAUCGCAUUAUUGACCGGACCAACACAACGCUGUACAUUGUGAUGGAAUAUUGCGAAGGAGGGGACCUGGCCAGCAUCAUUACAAAGGGAACCAAGGAAAGGCAAUACUUGGAGGAAGAGUUUGUUCUCCGAGUGAUGACUCAGUUGACGCUGGCCCUCAAGGAAUGUCACAGGCGAAGUGACGGCGGACACACGGUGCUGCACCGGGACCUGAAGCCAGCCAAUGUCUUCCUGGACGGCAAGCAGAACGUCAAGCUCGGAGACUUUGGGCUGGCUAGGAUAUUGAACCACGACACCAGUUUUGCAAAAACAUUUGUUGGCACUCCUUAUUACAUGUCUCCCGAGCAGAUGAGUCGCAUGUCCUACAACGAGAAAUCGGAUAUCUGGUCACUAGGCUGUUUGAUGUAUGAGUUGUGUGCAUUAAUGCCUCCAUUUACAGCUUUCAACCAGAAAGAAUUAGCUGGGAAGAUCCGAGAAGGCAAAUUCAGGCGAAUUCCCUAUCGUUACUCUGAUGAGUUGAAUGACAUCAUUACAAGGAUGUUAAAUUUAAAGGAUUACCAUCGGCCGUCCGUGGAGGAAAUUCUGGAGAGCCCUCUGAUAGCAGACCUGGCUGCGGAAGAGCAGAGGAGAAACCCUGAGAGAAGGGGGCGGCGGUCCGGAGGCCCGGAGAAGCUGCAGGACUCCAGCCCCGGGCUGAGCGAGCUGAAGCUGAAGGAAAUGCAGUUGCAGGAGCGGGAGCGAGCCCUCCGGGCCCGAGAGGACAGACUGGAGCAGAAGGAACGUGAGCUGUGUGUUCGUGAGAGACUGGCAGAGGACAAACUGGCGAGAGCGGAGAGUCUGAUGAAGAACUACAGCCUGCUGAAGGAGCAGAGGCUGCUGUCCCUGGCCGGCGGCCCAGAACUUGGAGCUCUCCCAUCCUCGAUAAUGAAGAAGAAAGUUCAUUUCGGUGGAGAGAGCAAGGAGAACGUCCUGAGGAGUGAGAACUCGGAGAGCCAGCUCUCCUCCAAGACCAAAUGCAAAGACCUGAAGAGGAGGCUCCACGCCGCCCAGCUGCGCGCCCAGGCCCUGGCGGACAUCGAGCAGGUGUACCAGCUGAAAAGCAGGCAGAUCCUGGGCAUGCGCUAGCCGGGGGGGCCCAGCGCUGGUGCCAGCCCCUCAAAGACUCAUGUUCAUCUGCUGAGCUCGGUGCACUUGGUUCCGUGAGCCGAGCCUUUCUGUAUGGUGAGGGUGAUGUUUUGGAAUUGCCUUUGCCGUUCUUCAGCAAUAACUGUACAAAACCGUCCAUACCUUUUUCUUUUUCUUUUUCUUUCUUUUUUUUUCUUUUUUAGAUGUUUUACACGACAUGAGUGGUGUGCUUACAGUUGUUAUGUCUAGAUUUACAACUUCAAGUCUGAGGUUUUAAAUAUUCUCGAGCUUAGAAAACCUAAUUGAUCCAAGCUGGUCACUGAUACCAUGACAUUUUGCUCUUUAGUGCAAAUCUGUCGCCUUUUGUGAAAAUCCAUCAGUGUGAUGUCGAUAUUCUCUUUUUUUCUUUUUACUCUACCUAACUGUAUAUACAAUGGCUGUCAUGGGCUCAUCUGUUUCUCAUUAAAUAAACGGAUUCUUUAGUUUUCCUGUA